AUGGCUUCGAUUCUACCAAGUCUUCACCGUGCAGCUCCUCGACUGACCAGACGAUUGUUCGAUUCUCUACCUAAGCAAACCCCUCAAUGGCAGCUACAAGCUCGCAGAGCCUUCAAAACGGUUCCAGCUCGGCCUGCUAUUGCUAUUAGCAAUGUUUCCACAGUUUCCUCAAAGACGCCCUCCCAGUCAUCAUCGUUUGCAAGGUCCUUUAAGGCCUACCGAGUGAAAUUUCUCAAGGCCUUCUUCCCUCGACUAACACGCAAACCUGUUGGCUACUGGCUCCUGUUUAGUGCUGCCAACGUUUUCGGUAUAGUGGUGUUUGGUGGCCUGACUCGCCUCACGGAGUCAGGACUCAGCAUCACAGAAUGGAAACCUGUCACUGGAGCACUUCCGCCAUCCGGAGAAAGCGAGUGGGAAGCUGAGUUUCAAAAGUACCAAUCCUCACCAGAAUUCAAGCUUCUGAAUCCAAACAUGACGAUGGACGAAUUUAAAAAGAUCUACUAUAUGGAGUGGACACACCGCCUAUGGGGUCGCUUCGUUGGUGUGACUUUCGUAGUCCCUGCGGUUUUAUUCAUAGUCGCUGGCAAAGUCUCCAAACCAAUGGCUGGUAGAAUACUUGGGAUUGCUGGACUCAUCGGCCUCCAGGGCUUUCUAGGGUGGUGGAUGGUGAGUUCAGGGCUGAAAGAUCAUCUCUUUGCACCUGGAAGUCAUCCACGUGUAAGCCAAUAUCGAUUGGUAGCGCAUCUUGGAACAGCUUUCUUGUGCUAUUCAGCUAUGUUCUGGAAUGGGCUACAGAUUCUACGGGAACAAAAGCUUGCGAGUAAUAUCGAGGCUGCACGAGGUACUUUAGAGCGGCUGAAGAACCCCCGGCUGCGUGUCUUUCAGCGUUCAAUCGCAAUGCUAGCUGGCUUGGUCUUUAUCACAGCUAUGUCUGGUGGCUUUGUGGCCGGACUUGAUGCUGGGCUAAUUUACAACGAUUUUCCAUGGAUGGGGCAGGGCUGGAUUCCACCGUUGGAUGAACUACUCUCAGAUUUCUAUUCACAAAAAGCUGACGGCCGUGAUCUUUGGUGGCGUAAUGCAUUGGAAAACCCUUCUCUCGCCCAAUUAGAUCACAGGGUACUGGCGACAACGACAUUCACCGCCGUGAUUGCCCUAUUUACCUACUCAAGAUUCUCGCCUACUAUUGUCAAGCUACUGCCAAACGCGAGCAAGCGGGCCGUACAUGGUGUUCUUGGGUUUGCAUGCUUGCAAGUCGCUCUCGGCAUCAGUACCCUUUUAUACUUAGUGCCGUUGCCGUUAGCAUCAGCGCAUCAAGCAGGGAGCUUAGCAUUACUCUCUUAUGUCCUGCUUCUAGGUAGUAGGACAUGGCUUCCCAACAAAAGGUUCUUGCAAUUGCUUCAAAAGCGAAAAAUAAGCCCGGGAUCGGUGGCAAAUCAGCGAGGUGGUAUCAAUAGCCUUCACGCAAAUAGGCAUGUCACAGCGAAGAACUGA